AAUCCAUUUACUUAUAUCACAAAUACAUUUUACUCUUAAAUCCCAAAAGAGAUUGUUUGUUUCUGUAAAUCAUAGUAUUCUGUCUUGUUCAAAACAUGACGAUUGCUUUAACCAUCGGAGGAAACGUGUUCUCGGGUCUAUCCGUAUCAAAUAACAUCAGAAGAAAGAACAAGAAGAUGAUAAACAGAACUGGAGUCGUUUGUUCUUCAUCUUCUGUAAUGGAUCCUUAUAAGACACUUAAGAUCCGACCAGAUUCAUCUGAAUACGAGGUCAAACAAGCUUUCAGACAACUCGCCAAAAAGUAUCAUCCUGAUGUUUGUAGAGGAAGCAACUGUGGUGUACAGUUUCAAACAAUCAACGAAGCUUACGAUAUUGUGUUGAAGCAAAUAAAGAAUCAGAUGAAUGGAACGGAGGAAUAUGAGCCAUUCGAUGUGUAUGACGACGGAUUCAACGGAAUGAAUGAUCCAGAUUGUGACACGUGGGAGGAAUGGAUGGGGUGGGAAGGUGCAGGAACAAGAGACUACUCUUCUCACGUCAACCCUUACGCUUGAAG